GGAGACAUCUAACACCUCUGAGCCUGGGCCGAUUGUGGGCAUCAUGUUGCAUUGUACAGCGGAGACAUGUGCGGCGCUGUGUUUACGAGGAGGCUGGGCGGACAGUGGGACAGUGGGACAACACUCCAAACACAUGGUCAGGUCUUCAAAAAAAUCCACCAGUCUUAACACAUCUGAGGAGUCAAGUUUAAACUCUCCAGUACAAACAAUGACCAAAACUCCAGUCGUCCGUCCCCAGCGCAUUUCUCCCCUGCAGUCGACAGUUGCCAAGGUGAGGAUGUGGAAAAGCAAACCUCAGACUACCAGGAGAGCAGAUAUCCAGUGCCUGUUUGACACCUUUGCCUCAGGCCUGGUCUCUCUGUCUGUGUCUGGUCUCCUCCGGUUCCUCCAUGAACAACAAAUGGAGCUGUCUGCCAACGAAGAGCAUGCUGAGGAACUCAUAGACCUGUAUGAGAUCAAUGAGAGCAUCAACAGAAGCAUGUCAUUUGAGGGCUUCCUGCGGUUCAUGGAGUCCAAACACUGCAGUAUCUUUGACCAGGCCCACACUCAGGUGUACCAGGACAUGAACCAGCCACUCACCAGCUACUUCAUCUCCACCUCCCACAACACCUACCUGACUGGGGACCAGCUCGUUGGACAAAGUGACCUGAGCGCCUAUGUCAUCGCUCUGAGAAAAGGCUGCCGCUGCCUGGAGAUCGACUGUUGGGACGGGCCCAAGCUGGAGCCCGUCGUGUACCACGGCUACACCCUGACCAACAAGAUCCUGUUCAAGGAUGUCAUCAGCACCAUCGAACAGCAUGCCUUUGAGGUGUCUGCUUAUCCUGUCAUCCUCUCGCUGGAGAACCACUGUUCCAGGAGGCAGCAGGAGGUCAUGGCCAGCUAUCUGGUGUCCAUUCUGGGGGACAAACUGUUAAAUUCUCCCCUGAACCACGCCACCACGGGAGAACUCCCAAGUCCAGAUGACCUGAAGUAUAAGAUCCUCAUUAAGAAUAAGAAGAUGAAGUUUAACAGGAGUGAGGGAGCCACAGAGACAAACAUAGACGACAGUGCAGAGGAAGAGGAGGAAGAGGAGGAGGAGGAUGAUCUAGAUUCAGACUAUGAAGAAGAGGAAGGCAAAAAGUUCAAGAACAAAGUCAUGUUCUGGUCCCCGAGACCAGCCCAGAAAGAGCACAAGAAGAAAAAGAAGGUAGUGGCUGAGGCUCUGUCAGAUCUGGUCAUCUACACCACAUCAGUAAAGUUCAUCAGCUUCAGUCACUCCAGAGACAACCAGAACAGCUACGAAAACACCUCCCUUCCUGAGAAGAAGGCCAGCAAGCUCGUCAAGUCCGCAGGUGCAGACUUUGUUAGUCACAAUCAGAGGUUCCUGAGCAGGAUCUACCCCGCGGGCUCACGCACAACCUCCUCCAACUAUAACCCACAGAAGUUCUGGAAUGUCGGUGCUCAGCUUGUGGCCCUUAAUUUCCAGUCGAUGGACCUCGCCAUGGACCUCAGUGAUGGCCGUUUCCAGGAUAAUGGAGGCUGUGGGUACAUCCUGAAACCAAACGUGCUCAUGUCUACAAAAAGCUUUGAUCCAGGAUGGGGUCACCACAGCACCACAGCCAGAAAUGUGAUGAUAAAGGUGAUCAGUGGGUCUAACUUACCUGUGACUGGUGGGAAGCCGAUGGAUCCCUUUGUUCAAGUGGAGAUCCAUGGAGCAACCUGUGAUAUCCGCAAGGAGAAAACACAAACCAUCAAAAACAAUUCCUUGAGUCCGUACUGGGGGACAGUCAUGACCUUUAAUAUCACCAUACCGGAGCUGAGCCUGGUACGCUUCUGUGUGCGGGACCGGACCGGCUUCUUCAGCAGUGAGUUUGUGGGCCAGUACACCCUGCCCUUCCUCAGCAUGAAGAAAGGUUACCGCUGGGUGCCCCUCCGAGCCCGGGAUGGGAGCAGCUUGGAUCCAGCCUCUCUUUUUGUUUUUGUAUGGUAUACAUAAAAUUCCCUCUCACUCACGAAAACCUAGCAAAGUGUGCCUAAAGUAGCAACAUCAAAACAGAAACAAACCAUGUCAUAGUUUUUAUUUGUUUUGUUUUUUA